AUUGGGAUCUGAACCGCGGAAGCAAAAUCCCUAAAUCCGACAUGUCAAAAAUUAUCUCUGUUAUUUAAAUUGAAUUAAUUUCGUAAAAAUGAAUAAACUAUGCGUGUUUUUGUUCGUUUUCUUUUACGUUGUGCUCCGGGCAACGUCCGAUAACAUCCUGGGAUGCGGGGGCUUCGUUAAAAGCCACGUCCCGAUUGACUUUUCCAAAGUGGAAGUAAAAUUGCUUACGAAGCAGGGGAUUCUCAAAGACAAGAUCAACUGCGCCCCCAAUAACGGCUACUACUUCGUCCCUUUGUACGACAAAGGCGAAUACAUUUUGGAGCUGGAACCUCCGCCCGGCUGGAGCUUCACUCCGACUAGGGUCGACUUAGUCGUCGACGGCGUUACGGACCUCUGCAGUCAGGGCAAAGACAUCGAUUUUAAUUUCAAAGGGUUCGGGAUCACUGGAAGGGUUGAAAGCUUGGGGAGCGACAGUGGCCCUGAAGGGGUCGAGGUCGAGUUAAAGUCUAGCUCGGAAGUGCGGAAAACUACGACUAGCAGUGGGGGCAGCUUUUUUUUCACCCCCGUGUAUCCCGGCAAUUACGUCGUGAAAAUUUCCACCUCCAAAUGGAAAGUUUAUAAAGACAGUGUUAAUGUUGUGGUGGCUGAAGGCAACACAGAAUUGGCUGCGAAAAGCUUGAUUAUACAAGGGUAUGACGUCGUGGGGGCGGUUAAGGACGAAGGGGAGCCAAUCAAGGACACGACUGUUGUCCUGUAUGCUCAAACAUCUAACACUGACUUAAAAAUCGAUGGUUGUGAUAAAUCGCCCCUGUCUGGUUUAAAAUCAGCCAAUAGGCCGCUGUGUCACGUUAAAACAAACGACCAGGGGGUGUUUACUUUUGGCACUUUGCCUUAUGGGAAAUAUUACGUUGCCCCGUUUUACAUUGAACAGAACAUUUAUUACCAGCCUGAUUCCAUUCCGUUCACUGUCGAGCACGGAAGUGUGAAACUUAAGGAGAAUUUUGAGAUCAUCGGUUUUAACGUAAAUGGGCGUGUCUUGAAGUCGUCUAAUGGCAAGCCCUUACCUAAAGCUAGAGUAUUUCUAAACGGCAAAGAAGUAACUCAGACUGAUUCAAACGGGGUUUAUAAGCUUCAAAGACUGAAAGCUGGGACGUACAACUUACACGUGAUUGCCGAUAAUUUCCUCUUUAAAGAAGUUGCGGUUAAAAUGAACCCUAACAGUCGAAUCCCGGAUUUGGUACCAACAUCGUACCAAGUUUGCGGCAGUGUUGUCAGUGAUAAGUCGCAAAGCGUCACUUUUGCACAAAUUGGGAGUACCAAAGUCAUUACAACGUUAUCAGAUAUGAAUUCGGGUCAGUUUUGCGAGUACUUAAGUCCGGGGAAGUACCAAGUUCAAGUGGUGGUUGAUAGCGCAGAUUCACAAAAAGGGAUGCAAUUCUUCCCCAAAGUGCAGAACAUUGAAGUUAGCUCGGAGCAAGUCGGUUCUAUUAUUUUUUCGCAGCUAAAAGCCACAGUCACCGGAAAAGUUCAGUGCAUUAGUAAGAAGGACUGUCAAGGGUUGAAGGCCAUUCUGAAGCCUAGUGGCGAAAAAAACGAAAUCGUAACUAACAUUUCUGACGACUCUUACAAAAUUGCCGACAUAUAUCCCGGAAUUUACGAGAUCACAAUAAGCGAUAACAAGUUGUGUUGGAAGUCUAAUAAGCAAACAGUCAACGUCAAUAAUAUCAACGUUGAAGUUCCUACUUUUGUCCAAGUUGGCUAUUCGGUCGUAUUUAGUUCGUCUCAUGAUACACAGGUCACCUAUAAAAUCCCCGGUCAAAAUCAGGAAAAUACGAUCAAAAUAAACAAAGGCAAACUAGCUUAUUGCUUAGAAAAGGCUGGGGCUUACACAUUUCACUUAAAGAGUUGUCACAGUUACGAAUCCUCUUCUGUGAGCUAUAACACUGAUUCGGCAACAAACGAAAUAUUUUUGAAUGCGCAAAAACACACCGUGACUUUACUGAUCGAGUCUGAGACCAAACACGGUGAUGUAACUGCGACCAUUAAUCUGGACGGAGUAAAAACCCAAAGUCCACCUCUUCCGUUUGUUAAAAACGGUUACGAAAUCCAAUUAUUGCUAAGUCCGAGCGAAACGGCCGUGAUUAUUCCCCAAUCGGAUGUUUUAUAUUUUAGCCCCCCCAUUCUUUCAAUUAGUGGCAGUACCGACUGCGAAAAUUUAGGGGCUAAGUUUAAAGCUGUCUUAGGGGUGGUGUUCCAAGGGAAAAUAAUACCGCCCCUUCCGGGGGUUCUAGUCACCGUCGAGACCGAAAAUUUCGACACUCUAAUGGCAGAAACGGACGCCAACGGAGUUUACAAAUUCCCACCUUUGGACAAAUCCAAGUCGUACAAAAUCGCAGCAAAGAAAGAUUCCUACGUUUUAGUUGGACCGAACAAUGACGGGAAUUUCCUCGCACACAAAUUGGCCGAAAUCGUUAUCGAAGUGGUUGAUAAGAACGACAAUGCCCCCCUACAAGGAGCUUUACUUUCGCUGUCAGGCGGGGACAGUUACCGGAGCAACUUGCAGACAAACGAGAACGGGAAAAUCACUUUCCACUCUCUAAGCCCGGGAGAGUACUUCUUGCGGCCGAUGAUGAAAGAGUACAGUUUCGAGCCGAGCUCGAAAAUCAUCAAAGUCAACGAGGGCCAAACCGUCAACGUGAAGCUAACUGGUAAACGGGUCGCUUACAGCGCCUACGGCCAGGUGACUUCGCUGAACCGCGAACCGGAGGAAAACAUAGUGGUUGUGGCGCUAGGUGUCGGCAAUUGCAGUCACUUUUCGGAGGAGUCAACGUCGGAAAGUUCGGGGUUGUUCCGAAUCCGCGGUCUCCAGCCCUUCUGCUCGUACGACAUCACCGUCAAGAGCAGUCCGAAUGCAAUCGAACGGAGCGCCCCUAAGGUCGUCCACGUGGAGCGGGUGUCCCAGGACAUCCACGGCUUGCAGCUUGUGAUUUUCCGGCCGGCGACCCACAUGGACUUGCUUGUGAAGGUUUACGCCAAAAAUCCCGAGCAUUACAAGAGCUUGAGGCUCAAAGUUGUGUGCGAGACGGCUUCUUCGGGCAUUGUUUACACAGGGCGUGUGGAUACGUCUUCGAUUGCGAUCACUGCUGAUUACAACCAAGGGGUUUUAGUGCAAGUGCCACCGUUGCCGCUGGACGGGAAAACCUACUCAGUGCACUUAGAAUCUAACUUGAAUAAUAAGCUCGAACCUGAACCUGAAACUUUCAUCGCGAAUUCGUCUUUUAAAUACGUCGAGCUUGAUUUUAUCGUCAAAAGUAGCAUGGUUGAGCAGGAGAUUAAGCAAACAUCGAUUUGGACGCUUGUCUUGAUUUUUAGUAUCAUGUUCGCGGUUUACAAUAUCGAUAAAGUUAGUCAGUUUUUGAAAGAAAUGUUGGGCGGAUACGUAUCAGAUUUUCUCAAUUCUGCCAAUAAAAAAUCCGCGACUAGUGAUUACAGUGGCGAUAAUGAUGAUAUUGAUCAAAUUGUUCAAAGUAUUAAUGCUGUGAAAAGAAAACCCAAACCUAAGAAAAAUUAAAUGUUAUGUGGAAUUUUGUUUAAUAAAGGUUUGUUACUCAA